GUAUCUAGACGUCAAACAGGAAGUUUCCUACAACUCAGCUGAAAGCUUCACAAGUGAUGCGAGUCUCCGCUUGUUACAGUCUGAUAAGUCACUAAUAUAUUCAGAAAAAGAUGUCCUCCGAUUUAACGUUAGACUUCAGAAAUCGCCACCAAUACCCUGUGAUGGAUAGUGAAGCGGGCACCAUCUCCAUUGACCAGGGAGGAGAGUGGGACAUAAGCCUGUUUGAUGAGCUGGAUAACCUUGGAGAUGCAGAUGAACUGCUUGAGGCCCUCCAGAGUGCUGGCUAUGCUAAUGAAGGUCCAGAUCUGGAUUUUGAUAUUGACAUUCCCCCAUGGAAUGAAAUUGACACAAGCAGCACCUGCACAGAUGGUGAGAUGAGUGUGGACUCUCUGUCACCUGCCCACACUCUGAGUUCCGUCCCUUCCCCUGCCUCUGUGGAAGCUUUGUCUCCGUACAUCUUACAUGAUGAAGCUCUGUCCCCACAAUCGCAGCUUUCUCCAGUUUCCUUGUACUCAGAUUCCAGUGACUUUUCUGAAAUCCACCCCCCACCCAAAAAAGCCGCUAAAAGGACCACUCAGGUGGCACGAGCAAAACCAACUCAGCCAGUCAAGAGGCCGAUUCAGAUCGGCCCAAAGGUCUCCAUCCAGCCCAAACCGCUGAUUACGGCCAUGCCCUUGACUCCGGCAGCAGCAUCCUUGCAAGCCAAGACAAUAAUCAUCCAGCCCCUACAGACCUCUGUGCUGCCUGUGUUUAAACCCGCUCCAAUCAGCAUCCAACCAGCACCCCCUCCAGGUCAUCCUAUUGUGCUUUCUCAGCCAAGCCAGUUACUGCAGAUCCAAACGCCGCAGGCCACCUCCGGAAGUGUGGUUGCUAUGCCAACACUCACCCAAGACAAGCCUGUUCCUGUAGCUGCUCCCUCCCUGGUUUCUGUCUCACUUCGGACUCCUUCCUCAGACGAUGAUUCAAAGAUGUCCCAGAGGCAGCAGCGCAUGAUAAAGAACCGGGAGUCUGCAUCGCUGUCCCGGAAAAAGAAGAAAGAAUAUCUGCUCUCAUUGGAAGCUCGCCUGAAAGUGGCGUUGUCUGAGAAUGAGGUGCUCAAGUGUGAGAAUGGGAACCUUAAGAGGCAGCUGGAGGGCCUGCUGAGUGAGAACACAGUAAUAAAGACAAAAACAUCCAAAAGGAAAGCUGUGUGCCUCAUGGUGGUCCUGGUGUUCCUCGUGCUUAACGUUGGACCAAUGAGUGUGUUUCAGGGUGGCUCCAAGCUCGAGGUUACUCCCGUGCAGCAUGGUGGCAGACACCUGUUGGGUUUCUCGUCAGAGGCAGAAAAUGAGCUGACGAUGGAUUCCGAGGUCAGCAGCAGCUCCUCUGAGAUGCCAUUCAGCUCUAAGGAUAAAGCCUUGAUGGUGGUGAAAGAUCCCAUCUUUCUCAGACCACCUCCCCCGUGCCAACCUCCUAUUAACAGGACCAAGUGCAUUGAGUUGGCCCAUGAGUUGAGGGGAUGGGUCCAUCGUCACGAAGUACAGCAGACCAAAUCCAGGCGCUUGAGUAACAGCAACCAUAAACACACCAGGACCAUUCUGCAGAAAACUGAAAGUAGGGAGGCUGAGAGUGCCCAGAUUGUUGCAGUUCCAUACACAGAUACUACUGAGAAAAAGAAUCCAGGCAGGGAGCUGCAGGUAUACUACGCACCUCAACAUAUCUACACUGACUUCUUUGAAGAGCUCAAUCGCCGCGGUGAUACUUUCUACGUGGUGUCUUUCCGUAGGGAUCAUCUUCUUCUUCCUGCCACCAACCACAACAAAGGAAGUCGACCCAAGAUGUCUUUGGUGUUGCCAGCCAUGAACAUAAAUGACAGCAUCAUAAGGGACAAAGAGUUCGAGGUGAUGAUGCAGAUAGACUGUGAAGUAACAGACACCAGGAUCCUCCACAUCAGGUCCUCCAGCAUCCCACCUUUGCUGCGGGUCAACCACACAGAUACAUUUUACCAGCACGCCCCGACCGACAACAAGGCUGCGCCUCUUGUUGGUGUGCUAAUGGGAUCUGCGUAGGAUUACCACUGGUCCCAACAAAACUUAAUGCAAACGCAAGAUAACACAGUUAACAGUUUUUUUUUUUUUUAAUAAAUUGUUCAAGAAUAAUUUAGAUCUGCUGAACCCCAUUGUAAUUUAGAUUUUUUUUGUUUUUGUUUUUGAUUUGAAUGCAUGAGCUCUGCGGAAGGGAUCCCCAUAUCUGGUCCUCAAGGCCCACUCUCCUGCAGACUUUCAAUGUUUCCCUGCUUCAACACACCUGAUUCAAAUGAAUGGGUCAAUAGCAGACUUCUGCAGAGUUUGUCAGAGAUCCAUCUAAUUUGAAUCAGGUGUGUUGCUGCAGGCAAACAUAUAAUACCUGCAGGACAGUGGGUCUUGAGGACCAGGGUUGGGGAUCACUGCUCUGCAGGACUGUACAAAACAAGAAUACAAAAUAGGUUGAAACCGUCAACUGCUGUGAGCCACAUUUUUCAGAGGGGCUGAUAUUCGGAGGUAGUCAGUAAUGGGGUCCGAGCAGAGGCUGGCUCCUUGUGUGGCAACACUGACUUCUCCCUGUAACCCCAGACGCUCUCACAUAAGGGUAAUUGUUUAGCGGCAGGGGGCAGAGCAUUGAACCCUGAGUCACCUCAUCAUAACACAAAUACUUCAACUCCUACCAGCUCUCCUCAAGUCAGCUCUUUCUCUUUUUUUGACCCACUCAACAAAUCCAUUUAUAUCUGGUUGGAAGAACAAUAGUGUGUUUAUGUUUUUGCUAAACAAUGAAGUGAUCUAACGUUUUUCUUUCUCUGUGUAAAUGGGAGGAUUUUAUAGAUGAAAUUAUAACACAAGCUCAAUUUCCUGCAGCAAAGGAACAAAACUCAGGAAAACAGGUGAACUGUAAAAACUAGAUGGUGAACCACUAUGUUGCUGGCAUUUUUAGAAUAAUUUAAGGGUUCCAUGUGCUCAGUUUACUGCACUUUGAAGGAUUUUAGUACUUCAUUUGGGAGGGUCUUUGUGUCACACAUAUUGGUGAACAAUUCUUUUUAUUAUGAGUAGUUCACCUAUAGGGUUCAUUGAAUUUUGUGUUUUGAUUUGUUAAUUUUUUAAGACUUUCUUUAUCUCUUUGUGAAGUCUCUAAUUCCAUUUAAACUCUGUCACAUGUUGUAAAUAAAGUUUCUAAAUGUUGCAAAAGUUGAAGUACAUUAUAGACUUUAGUAGAUAUUUUUUGUGUGUGUUUGUGUCAGUGUUAUCCUAGAAAAACUUCUUCAUUUUUUUAUUAUAUCUUUAAACUGUUGAGCUUAUUCUAGACAUACAACCACAAAUGAAAACACUGAUAGACCUCUCCGUCCACAUGCUGAAUAUUUGGUAGUGAAAUUUUAAAAGUUGCAGGAAUUUCUGUAGAAUCAUAAUUUUUUACUUAAUUAACAACUUGUGGUAAAAUUUUGUGCUCUAAAUGCAGAAUAUGGGAAGAUAAAUUCUGGUUUUUAAUGCCUUACAUUGUGUUUUGUCUACUUUAAUGAUUAUAAUUUGAUUUUAAAUAAUGAAGUAUUUCCUCACCAGUUUUGUAUGUUUAUAAAAUGGCAUAUACUUGUAUGUUUCUUUUAGCUCCAGGCUUGCACAGAUGCCAGCUCAACAGAUGCCCAUUAAAAACAUGUUGUUUUCUUUUUAAUGACAGGCAUUCUUUGUGUGCAGCUUUCCUUUUUUUUCUUUAAUGUUAAGUUUGGACACACAGAAAAUGCAUAACGUGUGUUUUUGUCUUUUAAGUCCUAUUAUGUGCUUAAACCAAAAUAAACACUGGAUUUUCUCUUAAGUA